AUGUCUAACAGUCCAGAUACUCCUCACUGCCUCAGUUCACCUCAGUCACCUCAGUCAUCUCAAUCAUCUCAGCUAUGCAUUAUAAUUGCAUCUCCUGAAGCUUCUUCCAAGUCCAACCUUUCCAGUGAGGCAGUACCCACUGAAGCAGCACCCACUGAAGUAGCACCCACUAAAGCAAAGCUUCAGGCAGACAAGAGGGCUGAGAAGGCAGCUGCUGUUUGGUCAGAUGUUGUACAAGAAGUUGCUCACCAUUACCAAGCACUUGAUGCAAUUGCUGCUCAGCAUAGUGUUAAUCCUGAACAACUGAAGGAGAAGGUAUUCACUAGAGCAUCUCUCAAGAAUGAACAGAAAGUGAAUCCUUUUAAUGCCUUUGUACAUUUCAAGGCUGUCCAAUACAAGGAAGGCAGUGUGUAG